UUCGCAUAAUGAACAACAUAGCGGCGAGUGCGUGACAUAUCAGUGGUACUGCUGCCGCGUCAGUGGAGCAAGUCGAAAAAGUUUUACGGAAGAGUUAGUUUGUCGUAAGUAAACACUGAUAGGUUUUUUAAAAUCGUCAUUAACGUUAGAAGGAACCUUAAGUCACUCAAAAUGUCUUCAGCGGACGCACAGGCUGAAAAGUUAGCGAUGUAUUAGCCGCUAAAGCUAAAAUCAGCUGUAGGUUAGCUAGCGGCGUCAGUAAAGGUACCGGUAAGCUAGUUUCCCCACUUAAAGUUGCAAUCAACAAUACAAAAACAAUGGUGGUCCUGAGAGAAGGAAUGUGUCCCGGACUGGGUGAGGAUUUAGUGCGCGACCUGCGUGCCGCGGACAUUAAAACAGUGGAGGACCUGGUCUCAUCUGACAUUGAGGAACUUGCUCAGAAAUGCUCUGUAUCUUAUAAGGCUCUGUUUGCCAUCCGUCGAGUGCUGCUGGCCCAGCACACAGCUUUCCCCGUGUCAGGCGCUGAUCUGUAUGAAGAACUAUUGAGCUCAACAGCCAUUAUCUCCACUGGAAAUCCCAGCUUAGAUAAACUGCUGGAUUCAGGCUUGUAUACUGGAGAGAUAACAGAGCUGUCAGGAGGCCCAGGAAGUGGCAAAUCUCAGGUGUGCUUUGGUGUCGCAGUGCAAAUUUCUCACCAUUUGAAGCAGAGUGUAAUAUUUAUCGAUACGACAGGAGGGCUGACAGCCAGACGCUUGCUUCAGAUGCUACAAGCCGAAACAAGUAAUACGGAAGAGCAGAUGGAAGCUCUUCAGAGAAUCCAUAUCUUCCGUUUGUUCGACAUCUUUUCUUUACUUGACUGUCUGUAUGGUCUCCGCAGUGGCAGGCUUCAGCAGGCGUCUGUUGGCGGUGGCUCUGUCAAGGCAGUGAUCGUGGACUCGGUGUCAGCCGUUAUCGCUCCUCUACUGGGAGGCAAACAAAAUGAAGGCAUGUCCUUGAUGAUACAAGUGGCAGGAGUUCUUAAGACGAUGGCAAAGGACUUCAAUGUAGCUGCUUUGGUUACAAACCAUGUUACAAGGAGCGACAGCGGGGAGGUGCAGCCCGGCCUCGGCGUGUCGUGGAGUCACAUCCCCAGAACCAGAGUCCUGCUGGAGCGAGUAGAGAAGGCCGUGGCCGUCAGCCGGUCCAGUCUGCGCUCCGCCACGCUCAUCAAGUCUUCCAGACAGCCCUGUCACAUCAAAGAGGAGUUUGACUUGCAGUGGUGGAGUCGCUCAGGAGGAGGAUCGUCGGGAAAGAGAAAACUGGAUGAGACGGAUCCCUGAUGAGAGCAAACUGUGAGCCUCCUAAACGACUCAUCAAAGGGAGGUACGACGCGCCUCUUGCGGAUACAUUCCCAGAUCCAGCUGGGUGAGACUCUCUGGGCCUGGCUGUCCUCUUCAGGUUCAGCCAGCGUGUGUGUGGCUAAGGCGGCAUCGUAGUCCGGCACGAGGUCUCCGUCGUACGCCACAAAGUACCGCCUCAGUUUGUCAAAGUCCUGCACGGAGUCUGGCAGGAAAAGCUUCACACCACUGAAGAUGUCCAGCAGCGUCUGCGGGAAAGAUUCAAACGGUGAGCGGAGCAAAGACCCUCCAGUGAUGUAAAGUUCUGCUCAGGCUGCAUGGCCUUCGCCUGUUAGAAAACUCCUGCAGGAAAUCAUGCUUGUUUAUACAACUGGCUGUAGAAUGUGGCUUUCAAGGGCUGCAACGAAUUAUUUUAUUAACUGAUUAACAUUUAGAUGUUUUUUUUUUUCCCUAACUGAUAAUUUAUUCUGACAUGUUUGGAUUUAAAAAUACUCAUUAUUACUCAAUAUUCUCAAUUGUAAUGUUAGGAAAAUCAAGUAACUUUUCAUUUUAAUGAGGAUGCAUUUAACCUGAUUAACCAAUCAGUUAUUCGCAUUUAUGAACUUAUCAGUCAGUUGGCUCAUUAUUUCAAUACUACAGUGUUUUUCCACAAAAACGUUGGUUUUAUUUUCACAAGUCUGACCAUUAGUUCUACCAGUGCUGGUUUGGGUCUGAUUAUAUUGGACAAAGUAACUGCUGAGAUUGUGAAAUUGUGAAAUGAACAAACUGUCUGAUCAUCAGACUCCUCUCGACUUGGACUUGUUUGUUCUCUAAAACUUUGUCACCGUAUCUCAGAAGUUCCUUCAACAUUAGCUGAUAGGAGUGAUGGCCAGAGCUACAACAAUAAGCUGGUAGAAAGAGGUUUUAAAUAACUGUAAGAACUUUUGAAUAUUUUUACUUUUCUCCUCAAAUCACUUCUAUAAAGCAACAUUAACCCACCCGAACACGUGGGAGCCGAAAAUCCUCUCGUCUUUGUGCUACGGUUUCUGUUUGCUCACGCCUAAAUGAAGAGAGAAGCCGUUGCUGACCCACCUUGUCGUUCUUCGGCUCCAUUGGUUGAACGGUUGGCUUUGCUUUGGUUUGUCCAUUGCUGUGGACGCUUUCACUCUUCUUCACCUGGGAGGAAACAGAAGGUUCAGUCGUUACUCAGACCGUCCGUCUGCUGUCAGGUGAAUGUGCUGUGCUGUGCUGUGCUGUGCAGUGCGAUACCUUCUUGGCACUGGGGGCUUCUGAUCCAGGAGUGCGAGGCUGGGAUUUCCCCGCCUUUGGUUUGGGUGGGGUUCCGACGUCUGUGAAGUGAACGCAUGUUUUUGAUGAUGUGUCAAAUAAAGUAGCAUUUGCAGCA